UGGAGGCUUCCAUGGAGGAGCUCAGGAUUUCCUUGAAAUACAUUUUGGUGGUGCUGGAUGCCACCGGGUGUGGUGACACCGGGCGCGAGAGCAUCAUGAGCCAGCCUCAGUUACUUCAUGACAAGCGACUCCACGACCCCGCGAUUUUGUCAGACACUAUCAGCAUCCUGGCGAAGGAGAGGCUCACCGAUUCAGAUCAAGAUGUGGAAUUGGCUAUGGAGCUUGUACAGCCACAGCUGGGAAUUACGACAGAAAAAGCGCCAGCAAGAGUGCAGGGAAGUACAGCAGUGUCGUUUUCCGAGUCGCCAGAGUAUGUGAGUCCAGAAAGGCCCAUUGCAGGGAAGUUCCCUGCAAAAGUGCUUGUGGUGGUAAAGCAUGUCUCAGACAAGUCACAAGAGUACUUUGAAAGACACAUUCCAGACAGCCAGGUCCUAGCUUUGGCCAUUGCAGUCUUGCAGAAACCUGGCCAAAUACUUCGAGGAUCAGAAGUAUCUUUGGCUCCCAAAAUUCGCAACUGCGACAAGCGAGGCAGCUAUUCAUUUGAUCCGUUGCAGGGGAUGUGUGAUGUUGUUCGACGACGUGCAGAUGAUCAAGAGUUUGAAGGGCAUGAAGUGGAGUUGCAAGACACCGUAUAUCAUCAGGUGUCCAACUCAAAGGUUACAAACCCAAAUCUGGCAGAAGAGAGAAAGCUAAGCCUAGCCCACUGGGUUCACAAAGUUUAUCACAUCCACGACCGCAAUUCAGAAGAUGCCGAGUAUGUCGUGAGGAAGAUGCAAGAGGAAAGAGUUGGGUCUCUUGAGCAAUUCUUGGGAAUGUCUGAGGAGCACAUGAAGCGUUUGAUGCUGCGAGUCGGUGAUUUGGAUUUUCUAAUUCAACAGAGGAAAAUGUUUGCGGCAAAGGCAAAGACCAAGAAGGACACUUCCGACUUUGCAAUCAAAGCCAAACUCUAGCAAGUUCGAAGGUAUUUUGCUUCAUUCGAUCAUGAAUCUGCCAAGUUGCCUUGGUUGGACGAAAGGACAGUGCUUGCUGGCAUUGACUCGAAGAGGAUUGAUUACAAGAACGAAGCUGUUUGGAACCAGCUUACGACCGACUUUUUGCUACCGUUCUGUGCAACAAGAGGAGAGCCUCCGCGAGGCUUGAUGUUGUACGGGCCACCUGGUACUGGCAAAACCGAGCUGGUCAAGACAAUCUGCAACCGCUGUGGUCUGUUUGCCAUUGAGCCCAUGAUGAUGGCCUCUGAGUUGAACAAAAGCCUGGUAGGUGAAUCAGAGGAGUUGAUCCGGGAAUUGUUCAAGCGCGCUGAGCUCAUGUCCCACUUGGCCUGUGUCAUCGCUAUGGAUGAAAUCGAUUCAGCAGUACCAAAGAGGGAAGACAAUGGUGGCGGCAACCAACACGGUGCAGACAAGGUCUCAGCCAUUCUUGGCUUGAUAGGCGGAGGGGUAGAUGUGCCCAACCUUUGCAUGAUUGGAGCCACGAAUCGGCGUGAAGCCAUAGAUGGCCCAAUUCAGAGGCGUAUGCCUAUUCAGGUCUAUGUUGGAUUUCCAGACUUUGACAGCCGAAGGGGCUUGAUUGACCAUUUGCUUUGCCAGGAUCAGGGGGAAUUGAUUACCAGUGACCAUCAUCUGAUUACGAUCGAAUCCUUCUAUGACAAUGCUUUUCGGAACAACAUGGCGCGGCUCACGAUGAAUUUCUCAGGAGCCGCAAUUCAAACACUGUGCUUCGGCUUGCUCCAGCAGUGGGAGCGCUUCCUGGGCUGUGAGCCACGAGACUCAUUCCAAGGAUGUGAGUUUGCCGUGCCCGGGAGCGCAGACAAAGAUAUGGACAGGACAAAUGGGCAAACUGAACAAAAAAGGCACAGUGGGCAAAAUGGCCAAAAUGCUGCCUUGUCGUAUUUGUUGUCAACAAUUUCCCACUCAUUCAAUUUGAAGGUCGGAGGCAGAACCAUUCCAGAACUUCUCUCCACCAACACAUCAAUGGCAAGUGAUGCUCACAGGAGGUAUUUGUGGCACCACUGCAAGAUCCAGAAUGCAACCGGUUUGAUGGUCAUCCAACCUUCCUCCGGAUUUACUUUUCAACUUGAGGUGUACAGGAAGAAGAGCGAAUCAAUCUCGCACUUGAAGGAAUCCGUUGGAUUUCACCUGCGACCUUUGUGCGAGACCUGCGGGAAACGAGCUGUCAAGCUGUGCAAGGAUAAUCGAGAACACUUUAUCAGCAACAGCCUGUUUCAAGAUGGCAUGUGGGAGGCAGAUGGAAGACCUCUUGAUGAAGAGCAGUGGUUGAGGUAUCUGGAACUGAGCCGCGGUGACAAGAGUAUCGAUGAGUCGGAUCAGGAGGUUAGAAAUGAGCAUAUUCUGCAGGAAGCCGCCUAUUUUGCUCAAGAGCGAAAAUUGUCACGCCUGGUUUUUGUUGACGAGUCAAAGUACAUUCUUCACAAUGGUGCUUCAGACGAACGGAAAAUCCUGGAGGAGUUUGCAAUGGAUGUGAAACAGGUUGUGGCUCCUGGCAGCCGAGCAUUGCUGUUGAUUGACUUGGAUGCGUUUGUGGGGCUUCAAUUUUCAGAAAGCGAAGGUAGCAUGAGCUCAAAGAGCUACAGCAUCCGAAGCCAGAUGCUUUUCGACGCUGCUAUGGGAGCCUUCCGAAGCUGCGAAGCAGGGUUUCGACACGGACAUGACACAAUACGGGAUCAUAUCCCAAAGACUGAUCAAGCUGAGAGUUGGUGCAUCCUCAUCAUCCGAAGUCAAUACUUGUUCAAGCUGUUUCGUGAGAGAACACAAUGGCCCCUGUCAGCCAUUGAGCACGAAGCGCAACGGAAAGAGGAAGAAGAGCAGCGCCCGAGGAAGUGCAAACGAUGCGGAGAAGUCUAUCGGGAAUCGGACAACAAAGAGCUCCCUGGCAACUGCUGGUAUCAUACAGGCAAGCUGUUCGUUUUGAAGGAGAUGAACAAUGGAGAUGUGGAGGUGGAAGAUGAUUGCCCUCGAGAAGUUGUACAUGAUCUGGCCUUGAAAUCAGUAGCGAGCAAGAGAAAAAAACACUUCAAAUUUGACUGCUGUGGCCACGAUUUUUCUCCACUUGGGGGUUGUACAAAAACGACCCAUGUUUGAUGUGGGUACCUGAUCUCCUGAGUGGUUCUACCUUGGCAGUGCUAGCACGUUGCAUAUGGUGUACAGUUCUGUAGGCAGCUCAUCACCAGCCAGCUGAUUGCUGCUUUGUGAGUGAGAUUCCAUUCAUCGGGGCCCGGAACGUCGCACAUGGUUUGGAUUGUUG